AUGGUUGGUCUAGUUAAUGGAUCAAGCCCUGCUCCAAGUAAGACUCUCCCAGAUAACUCUCCAAAUCUAGAGUACACACGCUGGUCUAAGCAAGAUAACAUCGUUCUCAGUUGGCUAUAUGCCUCUAUUGUGGAAAAACUAGUUUCCAUUGUUCUUAAUUUGGAGACCCAAAACAAGUCCGGGACUCCCUUCAAGCUCGAAGCCAAACUCAUCUCUGAUCAACUUGCUGUUGUUGGUAAACCAGUUGAUGAACAGGAUUUGAUUACAUACCCCUUGAGUGGACUCAAACCACACUUUAUGCCCUUUAUCACUGCCUAUAUGUUCGCAACAAGGGACAAGGACCUUCUGAUUGAUGAUUUCCAGACCGAAAUGCUCAAUUAUGAAACAUUGAUGGAGUCGCCCAAUUCCUCUGCACUUGCUAAGACCAACUUUGCAUUUGCAGCUUCACUUUCAAAAGGGGGAAACAUAAAAACAUCAAAAGGGCCGCGCUUCUCUCCUUAG